ACCGCCACAUGUACCUCAUGCCUACAAAGUCCAAGACCUGGUAAGUUUUUCCCACUCGCUCUGUGCCUUUUUUUGAGGUGUGAGGAGUGAUGAGAUGCGUGUCAAGGGACCGUAAGGAGUGCGACCUAUCGCUCCAGGCCCAGUGCCGGGGGCGAGGGAGCAUUUUGGCGGGAGGACCACCUAAUCUUCUCUCUGACCUCACACCUGGCGUAGCCACAGUGCCUGUAGCUCUAGCCUGUCCGUAUAUCUAAAUAUCUAGUCCUUCUCUCUCCCUCUUCCUCACAUCUCACUCUCUCAUUCGCUCAUUUGCUAACUCACUCACCCCGUUCGCCCAGUGUAUGAAUACUGACAGGCAUGGAGGAAGAGGAGAAGGAAGAGGUGAAGCUGGAAGUAAAGAAACAGAUUAAGUUUCUUCAGAGGUCGCUGAGUGUGCUGCCAUACAGUGCCAGGUCUUUGGAUGUCAACAGGAUGACCAUCCUAUUCUUCAGUGUAUGUGGACUAGACAUACUCAACUCCUUGGACACUGCACUCAGACCGUACGAGAGAGAACAGAUCAUUGAGUGGAUCUACUCCCAACAGGUGCUGCCACAGCACAUAGCAGGUCCCGACGCCUGCUGCGGAUUUCGUGGUGGUGGCUACCUCGGUGUUCCAUUUGACUCGACAAAGCACUCCAUGCCCGUCCCGUGUGACACUGCCCAUGUAGCCAUGACGUACACUGCUCUGGCAGUUCUGAUAAUGCUGGGAGACGACCUCUCUCGGAUCAACAGAUCUGCCAUCUCCAGGAGUCUUCGCAACCUGCAACGAGAAGAUGGCAGUUUCCAGUCGAUGCCGUUCUGUGGAGAGAACGACAUGAGAUUUGUCUACUCUGCGUCGUGUGUGUGCCACAUAUUGGACGAUUGGAGUGGGAUUGACGUCGAGAAGGCAGUGCAGUUCAUCCGGAGGAGUCAGGGUUAUGACUACGGAAUUGGGCAGAUGCCUCAUCUGGAGUCACAUGGAGGUUCGACGUUCUGUGCGGUGGCAUCACUGUCUCUGAUGGGGAGACUGGACUCAGCCUUCUCUCCCGAGGAGAGGAGAGGGCUGGCCAGGUGGUGUCUCCGACGUCAGGUGACCGGUUUCCAGGGACGACCAAACAAACCCUCCGACACAUGCUACUCUUUCUGGAUCGGAGCUUCUCUUGAGCUGCUGGGCUGGUUUCAGUACGUGAACAAAGAAUGGAACAGAGGUUUUCUGCUCUCUACACGGGGCAAAAUGGUCGGAGGGUUUGCCAAAUGGCCCGAGAGUCACCCAGACCCCCUCCACACGUGUCUGGGUCUAGCAGGGCUCUCUCUGAACGGGGAGCCUGGUCUGAACUCCCUCGACCCUCACCUCACUCUCACCAGGAGAGCUUCUGAAUGGAUGGACACACUCCACCGGAAAUGGAGAACUCAGAGUUAGCUGUAGAACACCGUUUCUUCUUUUCUUCUUUUCAAUCUGUAUUAUUAUUAGACAGGACGAUUCACAUUGAACUGUUGGGCAUCAAUUUUUUUCCUUUCUUUAUCAAAAAUAGGGCACACAAUUUUAUGGAGUUGUGACACAAUCGUAAUAGUCAAUCCCCUAGAAUAAUAAUAAUUAUUGGUCAACUGGCUGCUAGUUUCUCUGCCACAAAGUUAAAAACUCCAUUUCUUUCCGUGAGUUUGGAGUAGGACUCUAAGAUAUGGUAUAAUUGGCCAACUGUGACUUCCCUCUCGUGUAAGAGGGAUACAAUUUUUGCCUGUCCGUCAGAAAAUCUGCUGUCUCUGAAACUGUAGUAUUUUAUCGGUCGGCCCGCCAUUGUAGCCGCCAUCCAUUGCUGUAGCGUUUUUAACUCUCUGUCUCCGCCGAAUGCACCACAUCCCCAAUUUCCAGUCGCAACCGGUCUCAUAGCCCCACUGCCCCUGUCGUCUCCGGCGAUAACGAAACUGAAACCACAGUACGCCUUGUCUAGUUCCCUCACCAGUGUGGCCGCGUCGUAUUCGUCCUGAUCAGCAUACCCUUGUGGCACUGCAUCUAUAGCGACUAUACUAACACAUCUCAUGUUCCGUUCGUCUGUGGGGUUUUUGUCAGUGUGAGGCCCCGUGAACAAGAACCCAGAGCCGUAGCCACUGUACUCGGCAAAUUGCUCUGCCCCUCUAAUUAGGAUGGCUUCGUUGUCCAACAUGACCUCACAGAUGAGCAUGGAGACGAGGCACUCGGGGUUGAUGGAGAAUCUGAUCUCUUCCUGGACAUUUCCCAUUUCAAGCACACCUCCUCCGAUGUAUCUGUUGGCGAAAUCCACCUGCAGAUCACCGUGAGCGUCUUCAAUCAAUCCCUCUUCUUCACAGGAGAACUGCGACAGGGGGCGAUUGCAUUUCCCCCAGAGUACCUCCGGGUCUUGUUUCUCAAUCCCACGUCGCUCGAUGGAGAUUUUGAGGUCUAGAAACUCUCGCCUCCUCUCUGUCUCGGCUUGCCGUACGCGAUCAAAGUAGGCG